GUUUGAUUUUUCUAUUCUAUCUGGUAUUUUAUGGCUUCCUAGCAGCACUCUUCACAUUCACAAUGUGGGUUAUGCUUCAGACACUGAGCAGUGAUAUACCAAAAUAUCGUGACCGGAUUUCUAGUCCAGGACUUAUGAUUUCACCAAAGCCAGACACUGCAUUGGAAUUUUACUUUAACAAGAGUGAUGCCCAGUCAUAUGCAGAAUAUGUUUCUACACUUAGAAAAUUCCUUGAAUCAUAUGAUGAUUCAAAGCAAUCCCAAAACAUAAACUGUACACCAGGAAGGAUUUUUGAUCAGAAUGAUGUUGCUGUUAAAAAGGCAUGUCGAUUUAACCUCUCUGAGCUUGGACAAUGCUCUGGAAAGGAAGAUAAGACCUUUGGCUAUUCUAAAGGAACUCCCUGCGUGCUUGUGAAAAUGAACAGAAUAAUUGGAUUAAAGCCUGAAGGAGAACCACGUAUAUACUGUACAUCUAAGGAAGAAGGCAUGGUUGAGAUAAAUUAUUUUCCGCCUGAAGGCUUGAUUGAUUUAAUGUACUUCCCAUACUAUGGGAAAAGCUUGCAUGCUCACUAUUUACAGCCUCUAGUGGCUGUUCAACUAGCAAUUAACUCCAACAGUACCAAAGAAGAAAUAGCAAUUGAGUGUAAGAUCCUGGGCUCACCUAAUUUAAAAAAUGAAGAUGACCGUGACAAGUUUCUGGGACGAAUUGCCUUCAAAGUUCAGAUGACUGAAUAGCUGGAGUAAAAAAUUCUCCACAAAGUAAACAUUGUGUUGUCUGUUUUGUAAUUAGCUGGACAUGCCAUUCUAGGAUAUGAGACCACCUUGGAGAAUGUUAAGGUGGUUUAUGGCAUUCAGGGUAGCAUAAUAAUAUGCUUCCAAAUUGUAUGUUUAAAAUCCCUCAAAAUAAAUGCCUAUCCUGCUUCUGCCUGCCCCAUUGGAACAGUGUACAGACUAUAGUUAUGUUAUAGGGACCUGUAAAUAGCUGUUUUCAAACACAUAAUAAUGGUGACCUUUGUCCUGUUCUAAAAUGUGGGUUUAUUGCCCCAAUUGAGUGUCUCAAGCUUCAUGUGCUGUGCUAUGUAAAUAUUGUACUGAUUUAACACUGGUUUAACUGUCAUAUCUCAAUGCUGACACAGUUAUAGGGAUAAAUAAUAAAUGGUACCUGAUUGACAUAGUGAUUUUUUUUGUAAGAGCAAACACCUCCAAUGUAAAUUGUGUGUAUGGGAGUGGGUGGAUGGCUGGCUGUGUAGAGAUGCCUUAAAUUGUAGACUGUGUGGCGUGGGAGAAUUGAAAUGGAUUUUAAAAGUUGGUAUGGAUUUCUGAAAGUAAGUGCUCAACUUGUACUCUCUUGUGCUUGUCACUGUGCAAGUAUUGUGUACAUGUAAUACUUGGUAUAGAGUUUGGUAUUCUAGCUGAGGAAUUGAAUCUGUCUUCGUGUUGUUAAUUGCUUGCGAUAUGUGGAGCACAAAUAAAAUCUAUACAAUAUUUUAAAAAUUUUUAGUUCAGAAAUAUCAAUAUACAACAAUUUAAAUUGUUUAGAAUCCUGCUAACAGUUGUACAACAGAGCUGCUUGAAAGAAAUGGCCUCACUAUUGUGGGAAUAGGCUUUCAUUUUCCAAUUAAAAAAUCUGAAGAACCUCUGUUUAA